UAUUGCAAGGAUUAGUGGGAAAAUAUUCUCCAGAUCUCUAUGCUUACUGUAUAUUUGUAUAAUUUUUGACUCUUAUACACAUUUAAAUGUCAACUUUCCUUAACCUUUUGAUAAAAUAAUAGAUUUAAGGCACGGUGAUGCUUGAACUAAACUGCCCCACAGUAACUGCAGGCAAUUGCUUUCAAACCUGCACCUCCAACAAUGUGUGUAAAUAUAAUCUUUAUGAAAGCAACAUUAUUACGGUGGCCUCUCGCUGUUAGUGACAAUAAGGUCUAUGGAAUGAGCAUAAUCAGAAAUAAGUUUCAAAAAUACCUUCGGUUUAUAGCUACGAUCAAGAGAAUUUUAACAGCAGCAACCUGCUUAUAAUCUUGGAGCAGCAGUUGUAAAUUCUGUUCAAAUACUGCAGUUAAUCCAGAUUUUCUGAUGCUUGAAACAUUAUAUUCUUCUCUUAUAGUCAAUGCUCACUGCAGAACAUCCGCUCAAUAUUAAAAACAGUACUUCUUGCACUUGUAAUCACUCAAUGUAUGGAAAAGAUGUCCCUCGUCGUUAAAAUUCCACUGUGUUGUGGAGCAGCACUCUUUUUUUUUCCUACUUAAUGUGUUCAAUAACUUUCAUAUCUCCUCUUUCCAGGUCCAGUCCAUUCAUAAACAAGCCACAAUUCCUGGUCAGUGUUGAUGUCAGUCCCUGAAUCCCUGCUUCUUUAUCGCUCUUUUCACGCUCCUCGCUGUGAUUGGCUGAAACCAACCUCCGGGGCAGCGCAUGCUCUGGUGCCGGGCUAAAGCCGAGCUCAGACGAUAGUUUGCGUUUGAUGGAAGCGGCCCGCUGGAACUUGUCGUAGAUUUCCACACUGACUCGUCUUCGUGUUUCCUUGAACUCCGCCGACACAUUGGCGGUCCACUCUGCUGCGUGGGCACGGAUUUCUCCUACCUGUGGAGCAAUGAUGUAUGGUCACGGCUGGGGAGGCACUGACUUCAAAUUAAUUAUUUCACUCAUUCAGCCGAGCAUAAAAAUAACUUGCAUUUGACUUAUAGCUCUCCAGCUGGUGCUGGUGCUGUCAAAAAAAAAAAAAAAAACGGAUGGAUUUUCCUCUCUAUGGAAUGACAACAGUGACAAAGCACGUUUCUGUCCUAUUACCUACUAUAAUAUAAAAAUUUAUGAAAUAUAAUAUAUGAAAUAUAAAGUUAAACUCCGGUUUCCUCCCACAUUCCAAAAACAUGCUAGGUUAAUUGGCAACUCCAAAUUGUCCAUAGGUAUGAAUGUGAGUGUGAAUGGUUGUUUGUCUAUAUGUGCCCUGUGAUUGGCUGGCGACCAGUCCAGGGUGUACCCCGCCUCUCGCCCGAAGACAGCUGGGAUAGGCUCCAACACCCCCGCGACCCUCGUGAGGAAAAGCGGUAGAGAAUGAAUGAAUGAAUGUAAAUGUAUUAACUUCUGAACUGAACUGCAUGUCAGUUAUUUUACGAUCAACUUAUGGAGAAAAAGUAGUAGAAAUUGAGUCCCUUUGAGUCUUCUUCUGACUCCUGUGAAAACUCUCUUCUUUUUGGCGAAAACUGCACUCAUUUGCAUAAGUUGUUUCAUAUUUAGAGCACAAAUGAGUCAAGAUGCAUGUCCCGAUGAUGAGGACAUAGCGAUGAUUUAUGCAAACUCUGGAGUGACUCACAUUAACAACCAAUGAGGAUGUGUUUAGGUUGCGUAAUGUCAAUUAGAUCCCAGAACAUUUAUUGAAACAAAGUUCAAAGCAGAGGACAGCAGCCGAUGAGGGGACAUGGUACUGUUGGCAUUAUACUGUAAUGCUGUAUGUACACUCACAAAACACUUUAUAAGAAAUGACUCUCAACCAGUCUCCGAUCAUGCUGAGGAUGGCAGCAAAGUAAGCCAGCCCUACCAGGAUCCAGAACCACACUACUGGUUUGUAGUAGUCCAAGUACUCAAUUUCUGACCCGCCUUGACACAGUCUCCAAACCCAAUGGUGGUCAAGGUGAUGACGACAAAGUAGAGUGACUCCAGUGCGGACCAGCCCUCGAUGUGCUUAAAGAUGGCUGCCGGGAGCGCCACAAACAGCAAGCAGCCAAACAAGACAAACAGAAGCGUGGAUAUGACCCGGAUCUUGGUCUGACUGACAUCCCAGUGCUGCAAGCACAACACAUGAGAUGGUGCCCAGCUGAUCGCCCACGCCGGCCAAAAGGAAGCCGAACAGAGGGAUGCCCAGCAGAGCGUAGACGAUGCAGAAGAUUCUCCCCCCUUCUGUAUGAGGAGAGAUGUUGCCAAAGCCUGCAGAGAAGACCAGGGACUGAAGAACAUGUCAUACGGUUCCCUCUGCCUAAAACUUCCCAUAACUGAUAUCAUGUCCUUCUUCUUUAGACCACAAACUUGUAGUGACUGAAUGAACAGCGCCUCUUCUGGUUGCAGUCAGGUAGUGCACUUCAUUUUGCCUCAGUCUCUCCAAGAUGUGAUUAAUCAACAAAUGUACACAAUUCAUACAAUUCCUAAGCCAGGUAAUGGAUUAAGCAGCUUUAAGUCAACAAUGCACAGUUUUUAGACAUGUAUUUAACUUGUAAUGGAAUAAUACAUACUUUGUAAAAAUACAUUAAAGAAAUAGGUACAGUAACUAUGACUAGUGUACGAAUUGGUGCGCUUUGAAAUUAAGAUUGUUCAACCUUAGCAGUCUAUUUUAUGCUGUUAUAAUAAUGAUAAUAACUUUAAUUUGGUCCAGUGCAGAUGUGUUGAAAUGACCACACAACAAAAGCCGAGGAACCAAAGUCAAUCAUGCAGCACUGUCCACAAUAGAAAGCAAUUAUUGUUUUCAAUAGUAUUGUCUGCAGAAAACUUACAUUUUCAAUCUAGAGAGAAUACAUUGAGAGAGAAAAUGAGAAAGAUGAGAUGCUGCCAAACCACAUGGAUUGAAAGAAUGUCUCUCACACACACACAAACACACACACACACACACAGAGUAAACGUAUGUUCAUGAGAAUGCCACUGUGCACUAGUUUGAUUACUGUCAGGAAGCAGAUGCUCAUACCGUAAUUUUUUUUUGUUACAUAACAGCUUAUUUGAGGAGUACAUGCACGCACACACACUCUCACACACACACAACGGCACUCUUGUGUUUAUUGAGAUUAUAUGCACCAGACAUAGAAUACUAUUUUUUGGUGAUUCAUUUUAACAUGGAAAAAACACUAUACAUUUGUGUGUGUGUGUGAGACCUACCAAUGGUUGUGAUGACAGUCCCAGCAAAAAAGAAGGCAGAGCUCAGGUCCCACAAGCUGCUGCGAUUGGCAACCGUCCCUGCUGGGUUUACUCCCGAGCGGAUGGCCGACACAACUUGCUGGAGCGAGACCGAGAGAGAAGCUUAACUUACCACAAAAAGUUAAGAAACAAAAACAAGUAACUUUUUAGAUCCAGAAAUGUUUAGUUGUGAAGUAGAAAAGCGGUAUAUGCCUUUGUCCUGGCUGCUCAGGACAAUAUGGCUUGAGUAACCAUAAAUCUGCAUGUAUUCUCCCAAAGUGACUUAUGUGUUUACGGGGAAAGACUCGCCUCAUUGGCAUGCGUACUAAUCUCGCCUUCAUCACUUGUUGAGUACAUCAAUGUAUUAUUUCUAUUUCUAUUAAGGGGCUGUUUCAUCAAGGACAAAUUCAUUGUAAAUACACAGAAAUAUAUAUAUUUUUCCUCCGGAGAAGAAGAAACACUAUAGGCGCUGUCCAAGGUGCUGACAGUACUGCAAUGCACACACACAGUAUUUCACCUUAACUAGAUCCUCCAGCUGACUGUGGUUGACACACGGAUGUUUGGCUAGAAAGCUGAGCUUCUGAGACAAGAUGGCCAAGCGUUGAGCGCUGUUGGAGAAAACACCUGAAGACGGCAGCUCCCAUCACCAGGUACAGGACUACCAAAAGAAAAAUGGCGGUCACCGUCUUCCUUUUCAUCACCGUGGCAACAACCUACAACACUUCAACUGGGAUGGAUGGAUGGCAAGGGAAGUUUCCUAAAAUGGAUCAUCUUCACCACCGGGAGCAACAUUCCAACUAGCCUAAAGGAAACACUGGCAUCAAACAUGACCAAACCAAGUUUUGAGGCAAUGGAAGCCAAGCUUAGCUCAACCGACAGCAGUGAAUGUUUUCUGCUGUGGACGUGGCCGAGACAGACGAACUGUCUUCUGGGAUGUUCCACGUGGCUCCUUGGACCAAGAAACACUUUCCACUCGGGAUCGCGCGCCUGACGCAGUGCAGAGCCGGAGCGAGGCGCGUUCACGUUCCAGCAGCUGGAGGAGGCGGUCGACGCUACCUGGACGUGAAUGCAACACUACACCUGUACCUUCCUUUUCCUCACAUCCACUGACAUACCAGGUGUCAUCAUGGAGACACAUCUAAGCAGGCGGGUCCCGUGUCUCGUGGUUCUGGUCUUGGUUCUCUAUGUUCACCUGUCCCACACUGCACCUGGUCUAACAGGAUCACAAAGAGAAGAUCCAGAAAACGUUCAUCCCAUAGUGUUGACCAAUCCUUUUGGAUCAGGAGAAGAGGAGCGAAGGUUGCUGCAGCGGUACAUUGAAUUGAGUAGAAAAGAUGGCGAAGAGAUCAAAACGUGGGAGCAAGAGGUCUUCUACUUGUUUCAUCUCUAUGACUACGACCACAGCGGGCUCCUGGACGGUUUGGAGAUGAUGAAGCUACUGUCCGACUACAACUCCCAGCAUGCACUUGAUGCACAGGUAGUGUCCAUGGUGGAUUUGCUACUGCAGACUCAGGAUGUAAACCAGGAUGGUCUGCUGGCUCCUUCUGAGCUGCUUUCUCCUUCAAUCACUCAAAUAGAGAAGGUACCUUUGGACGAGAGGCCGUCAGACGUCGGCCACGACCAGGAGAUAGUAGAAGAAAAGCAGGAUCCUGGUGAACAUGUUCAGCCUCAAGCAGAAGUGCAAGAAGAUGCUAGAGCAAAAGUGGAUGAAUUAAUACGGCAAGUCGACGAACACAUUGCACAGCAAGUCCCAGAAGCCUUUGCAGCAGAGCACGGUGGACAUGAACAGGAAGUCCUUGCACAUCAGGAACAACAGGAAAUGUGAAGACACAGACGCGGUGCAAUACUAAUGACACUUUUCUAUUUGGUAACAAAGAAGAUGGGUCCUUGUGAAUAUGGAUCAUUUAUUGGAAUAUACUCAAAAGGAUCAGAUGGUUGAAUGAAAAAAAGCAAUACUAUUAGUAAAAGUCAAGCCAUAGUACAUUUAGAAGAUUAUGAAAAUUUCUGUGUAAUUUUCCAAAGUAUGAGUUAAUUUAAGAAGAUUUUCAGGGUGGAAUGUAUACUUUUCUGAGGCGACUGUUUACACGUUUUGCCAGUUUAACAAGUGCACAUGAAAUCAACCGUCCACUUCCUUGACAAGUUACUCAAACUCUUUUGAAUAAUAGGAAGUGACUGCAUUAAUUAAUCAAUAAAGAAUUAAUUGGACAGAAUAAACAUUCCACUUCAUGAGGUAUAAUUUUAAAAAACACCUUUUGUUAGAUGUGAUACAACAGUCAAUUCCGUCUUUAUCUGUAUUAUUGUGUUACAGCUGGCGCUUUUACAAAGGGAAAAUAAAACCUUUCAUUUUUUAGUCUGCCUUUCAUUGGCCACGCAAAAGUUGGAUAUGUAUUAUU